AAAUAAAAAAAAUAAAACUGUGGCUCAGGGUGGGUCUCUGAAGGCCGACGUCUUCACGUUUCCUUAGACGAUUGCCCAAUUUGAUUACUUUGAGAUCCCCGGCCACAUGUACAUCUCAAAGUAAUCAGUCGAUAAAGGGUGGAUAUUUGUGGAAAUCUGGGUGAAAUUAGUGCAGAAAUCCGUGUGAAAAUCGAGUAAAAAAAGAGUAGACACCGAAAUGGAUGAGAAGGCGUUUACGAAAGAGCUCGAUCAAUGGAUUGAACAGCUCAAUGAAUGCAAACAGCUCUCAGAAAGCCAAGUCAAGACCCUCUGUGAGAAGGCUAAAGAAAUCCUUACCAAGGAGUCCAAUGUGCAGGAGGUGAGAUGUCCGGUCACUGUGUGUGGAGAUGUGCACGGCCAGUUUCAUGACCUCAUGGAGCUCUUCAGAAUCGGAGGGAAGUCACCAGACACAAACUACCUGUUUAUGGGAGAUUAUGUGGACCGAGGCUAUUAUUCUGUGGAAACAGUCACACUGCUUGUUGCACUCAAGGUAAGGUAUCGUGAGCGCAUUACAAUUCUCAGAGGGAACCACGAAAGUAGACAGAUCACACAAGUUUACGGCUUUUAUGACGAGUGCCUACGGAAAUACGGCAAUGCAAAUGUUUGGAAAUACUUCACAGACCUCUUUGAUUACCUUCCCCUAACUGCAUUGGUAGAUGGUCAGAUAUUCUGUCUUCAUGGAGGAUUGUCACCAUCCAUAGACACUCUUGAUCACAUCAGAGCGCUGGAUCGUUUACAGGAAGUUCCUCAUGAGGGACCCAUGUGUGAUUUGUUGUGGUCAGACCCAGAUGACCGUGGAGGUUGGGGUAUUUCUCCUAGAGGUGCAGGCUACACCUUUGGGCAGGACAUAUCUGAGACGUUCAACCAUGCAAACGGCCUUACCCUGGUUUCUAGAGCUCAUCAGCUAGUGAUGGAAGGUUACAACUGGUGCCAUGAUCGCAAUGUGGUUACGAUUUUUAGUGCGCCCAACUACUGUUACCGCUGUGGUAACCAGGCAGCUAUCAUGGAGCUCGACGACACUCUGAAGUACUCCUUCCUUCAGUUUGAUCCAGCCCCUCGCCGAGGAGAGCCACACGUCACCCGCCGAACCCCCGACUACUUCUUGUGAAUCCUUCAACUCUGCCCAGUAUUGCCAUGAUAUGAUAAUCUUCAUUCUGUUUAAAAUGAGAUGAGAGGAAUGGGCAACAGUAUAAAAAGAUAGUUUAUUCAAAUUAAAGACAAAACUGAUUUAAUGAAAAAUGUCUGUGGACCAAAAGGUGUGUGCCAUAUCCAAAACUGAUCCAGAACACCACGACCAUAAAAUAUCAGAUGUAAAUCCUCACUUCCCUGUCAGCUUUGGUUUCUUUCCUCCAGACUGUAGAUGAAUGCUGUUAAAAUGUUCUGAUCCAAACAAAUGCCAACAAAAAUGGCAUGCCAUUGUAGGAAUGCUGGCAUAACUUCUUAUGAUGGAUCAAUGUCUAUAUAAAGGGUACCAGUUCAAAAAUAAAGGUGGAAGUUGCUCCUU